AUGACAAUCGUCAAGGCUAAAACCGGACUAACAGUCCCGGAACAUGCUUGGGACUCUCAUAUUCAUAUCAUCGAAUCCGACAAGUUCCCCCUCAGUCCAGAUAGAGCUGCGACUCGGGAACAGGCCCUGGUAUUUGAAGGCUCCAUCGGUAUUCAGCAUGCCGUCAUUGUCUUACCCAGCGUAUAUGGAACCAAUAACAGCGUCCUUAUCGACGCCCUACGCUCCACCAAUGGUACUUAUCGAGGCGUCUGCGUCUUGGACCUCUCGGCGGAAAUUGAUAACACUACCCUUCAGACAUUUCACGACGCUGGUGUUCGUGGAAUCCGCAUUAACUAUGGCAAUGAAGGAACAGACGCACAGAUUACCUCAGAUACCAUUCGCGCGGCGUCGAUCGCUCGAAUUCACAACUGGGUCCUGCAGUUAUGGGUCCCUAUCGCCUCCUUCAAGUCCCUUCACCAUAUAAUUCCAACCCUGGGGGUACGCGUGGUAGCGGAUCACUAUGCUCACGCAAUGACAGCUUCCCGUACGGGCAAUCUAAACAAUGCGAUUGAUCCCUUCAGCAUCACCGGGUUCCGUGAAGUGGUGGACCUCAUGCGACGAAACCACCUUUUCGUAAAAAUCUCGGCGCCGUACCAGAACUCGCGGGACGAGCCGCUGUACAGUGAUCUGCGGGUUAUCGCGGAGACACUUAUUCUGCAUGGACCCGACAUGGUGGUUUUUGGCAGCGACUGGCCGCAUACGGCGAGUAAGGAGGGGAACGGGGCUGGAGGGAGAUUGGUUGAGCAGGAAUUUAGGGACGUCGAUGAUCAGGCUAUUCUGCAACAGACGCCUGUGUGGGCCGGAACGCAGGCGCAGGUGAGGAGGUUAUUCGUGGAUAACCCAAGAAGGUUAUGGGGGUGGACCGACACGGAGUCGUGA